AUGGCAACACCGCAAUCCGUUGUGGCGCGUGAUUACGGAUCCCCAGAUCGUGUGCCAACGAUCUUGACGCCGCCGCCAGAAGAGCCUUCCCGUGAUCGGGUCCCAACGCCGCAGAGUCCAGCCCCGCCGAUGGAACAUGCUAAACUCGAGCGACAGGGGAGCGCUAACUCGCGUCUCUCUGCGCCUGGCUCGCAUGAAGGUGUGCGCAAUCGUAAAGUGUCGCGAUCCAACACCGUCAGGACCUUUCUGGAACAUCCUCAGGAAGCCCCUGCUGGCGACGAGAACUACUAUCCUGGAGCCGAACCCGGUAUCGACACUACUGCGGACGAUGACCAGAUACCGGACCAUCUGACGAACCUCAAAACACAGUGUGAAAUCAACAUCAUCGACUAUUCCGAUCAGGAAGUACAUCAUCUCAAAUCGGACAAUGACGGCCUCGCUGAGGCCUUGAAGACGCCUCGGACAGAAGCCCUACCUUGUCGAUGGAUUUCUGUGAACGGGCUCAGCUGGGAUGUCAUCAAGACUCUGGGAAACCAAUUCCAUCUGCAUCGAUUGGCUAUUGAAGAUUUGAUGCAUACCCACACGAGGACGAAGGUGGACUGGUACGUAGACCAUGCCUUCAUCGUGCUCACGUUGCAGAAGCUUGUCCGUCUGCACCAGCAUAACGGCAGCGACGAGAAGUGUACCUGCACAAACGGCGCGGAUUCCGAUAGCGACGAGUUCAACGAGAAGCAUGGGCAGCAUCAAAAAUCAUUCGCCCGCCAGAGCUGGUGGGACUGGGCCACGGGCAAGCGACGGCCAGAUGUGCUGCCACGAUACUUGGACAGGAACAAAGAUGGUAAAAUGGAUGAAUUCAUCAGCGCGCACAGUGGGCUCUCCGACCAGACGCCUAUAAAGCCGAUUCGCACGCUCCACCGGUACGAGAGCGCUCAAAUACCGGAACACACUGCGUGGAUGGAGAGACACAGUGCACUUACGAACGAGGACAUGACCGUCAGUGUCGAGCAGGUGGCCAUUUUCCUCUUGUCAGACAAUGCCGUCAUCUCUUUCUUCGAGCACUCGGCUGAGGACAUCGAGACACCAAUCCUGAAUCGUCUCAGUAGUAAGGAGACGAUGCUGAGGAGGAGCUGCGAUGCAUCUCUGCUUACCCAAGCCAUCAUCGAUGCCAUUGUGGAUCUGGCGGUUCCAGUCAGAGACGCGUACAACAAGGCCCGAAAAGAGCUACAAAUCGAUGCCAUGACCAACCCCGAUAUCCGGACUUCACGGGCGCUGCAUAUCUUCGGCGAGGAAGUCGACAUGCUGCAGAAUCUUGUUAAGCCAAUUGUGCACCUAGUCAACUCCCUACGCGACCACCAGACCGACGCGACGGCCGCUGUUUCGGCCAAAGCUACGCCCGUGGUGACGCCCAGCGCCACCGUAUCCGAAGCUGCUGGCGGCGCGAUCCCUGCUAAGACCACACGCGAUCGUCUCGGACAGCCCAUGGUGCGCCACGUGUCGGAUUUUAGAAAAAUCGCACUGAGGCGGGCAGAUGAGGCUACGAGUGUUACGAUCACGCCGCUUGCGCACACCUACUUUGGCGAUGUGCUGGAUCAUUGUAUUACGAUGAUCUCCGCACUCGAGCAGAUGGACGCCAGCGCGAACAACAUUUCGACCUUGAUCUUCAAUACUGUCGGAGCCAAGACGAACAACUUCAUGAUGAUUCUCGCCGUCGUCACGGUCUUUUUCGCGCCAUUGACCUUUAUUUCGGGUAAGCCAGCCCGAAACAACGAUCCUGACCCUCACGACGACCUCGUCGUGUAUACUGAUGAAUUGGUAGGUUACUUUGGCAUGAAUUUUGCGUCGGGCGCCGGAUUAGCUCACCCGUUUGCCUUCUUCUGGAUCGUCGCCGUGCCCAGCCUGGUGGCGUUCAUGUUCAUUGUGUUUGGGUUCAUGCUGUGGGAUAAGAUCCGCGACUGGCUCGCCCAGCGGGGCAUCAAGGCACGUUGGCACGUCCAUCCGCAGAAGAAGAAGCGCUAUUGAUUGAUUGAUUGAUUGAUUGAUUGAUUGAUUGAUUGAGUGAGUGAGUGCAUUUGGAGCAAGCACUGGCCGUUCUUCAAGGCACCUGUGAGAAGAAAAAACAUUUUGCAUCUUUUGGGAGGAGUUGUUCCUCCACACGGUAAUGAGAUACCCCUAGUGUUAUGGCUGUACGAGAAGACGGCGACCGUCGAUUCCAAGCUUGCCUAUUCGAUGUGAUGUGAGGAUCGCCGAUCGGAUCCAACUUCCAUAGCAUCAUUGUAGCUCCCACUGCAGCUCUCGGGCAAGCCAUGAGCGGUGGGGCUCAGGAUUUCGCGAUGAUAGCUUGACCUGCAUGAAACAUGGACUACGACCCAAGUGAGUGUUCCUGCUAGAUCUACCGCCCACGAGAUCACGUCUGAUCAAAACAGCCUGCAAGGAUACCGAGUAAAACGAGCAAAUCCCCUUCGCAAUCCCCGGACGACGAACAGAGAAAUGCCAAGCAAUUCGAAUCCCAUACCCACCUCAACACCUCUCCACACCCUCCCAGAUAGCCAAGAUGAAUUCGACUACAUCAUCGUAGGCGGCGGCACAUCCGGCUGCCUGCUCGCCUCCCGCCUCGCUUCCGCCGCCGGCAACAACAACAACAACAACAACAACAACAACAACAACAACACCCGAACCCUCCUCAUCGAAGCCGGCGGCGAAGCCGAAGAAGACACCGAAAACCUGAUCCCAGGCCUGGUAUUGCCGAAAUACGGCAGCGAAGCGGGCAACUGGCUCUACCGGACAGCGCCGCAGAAGGAACUCCACGGGCGGGCAUUAUCAUACCCGCGGGGCAAGGGGAAGGGGGGGGCCAGCUCGGCGAACAAUUUCAGCUCGUGGGUGCGCGGACCGCGGUGUGAUUGGGAAGCGUGGGCGGCGGCGGCGGUUGGGGAUGCGUGGUGGCGGUGGGGGAAUGUUUUGGGGGAGAUGAAAGGGUUGGAAGAUUUCCAGCAGGGGGCGGAGGAGGUUCCGGGGCAGAGAGGGGGAUGGGUGGAUUUCGCGGCGGAGGAGGGGGUGCAUGCGCGCGGCGGGCCGAUUGGGGUGGGAGUCGGGCGGGAGUGGCAGGCUGUGGGUGGAGUUUUGUCUGCGAGGGGCGAUGGAGGCCGGGUUUGCGUGGAAUGGGGAUCAUAACGAUGGGGAGGCGAUGGGGGUUUCGGUGGCGCAGAUGAAUGUUGAUCGCGGGGAGAGGAGGAGUGCGGCGGCGGCGGCGUUUCUGGGGCGGGAGAAGAGGGAAGAACUCAGGGAGGCGGGGAGGUUGGUGGUUGUUACGCGGACGCUGUGUAGGAGGGUCGUGGUGGAGGGCAAGAGGGCUGUCGGGGUGGAGUUGAUCCCGGCUGCCAAGACGACUGGCGAAGACGAAGAAGAGAUGAUUCCUCCUCUCGGGCAUCGGACCGGCAUCCGAAGCUGUCACAACACGGCAUCUCCGUCGUGCACGACUCCCCCUCGGUCGGCCGGAACAUGCGCGACCACAGCGCCUUCAGCAUCGAAGCCGUCAUCGACCCUUCCAUCAAAGGCCACAACCAACUCCUCCAAAACCCCCAAGGAAGCCAUGGAAGCCGCGCGAAAGCAGUACGAAGCGACGCGCACGGGUCCACUCGCAGUCUUCGGCGCCAGCGCAGCGCUCCUCUUCGCCCGCAUCCCAGAACUGUACGAGUCCCACGAAUUCCACUCCCUGCCCCCGACAGACCUGCAGGCUUUCCUCGCCCACCCGGACAGACCCAGUACCGAGCUCUGGAUGCACGGCGGGCCCUUAUUCUUCACACCGGCACCGUCGAUCCGCAAGACUCCGUCCUCGCUGUCGAAGGGCUCUGCCAGAACCUCCUCGCCCGCGGCUCUCUGUGCCUGCGCAGUCCGGAUCCGGAUCCUAGAGACUUCCCCGUGAUCGAUCCCGCCUACUGUUCGGAAGCGUAUGAUUGGCGCAUCGCCAUCGAGACGACAAAAGCCCAGCUGAGGAUCUUGCAAUCUCCGACGAUACGGUCGAUUCUCCGGAAGACGAUCCACGGGCCCGGGGAGCGGAAUGCGGACGGUUCCAUCACGCUGUGCGAACCGGGCGACGAGGAAGCCAUACGCAGGUUUCUCAGAGAGGAGCUGAAUCACGGAUUCCACGCCAUGGGUUCUUGUGCCAUGGGCCGUCAAGGCGACCCGGACCGCGUCGUGGAUACCGAUUGCAACGUGGUCGGUCUGGAAGGCUUGCGGAUCGCUGACAUGAGUGUCUGUCCUAUCCUGACCAACAACCAUACGCAGAUCAAUGCAUAUCUCAUCGCAGAGAGGUGUGCGCAAGCAAUGCUCGGAGAGAAGCGUGAGCAUCGUCUUGCGGCAAAUAAGUAA